UUUGGCCAGCACAUUGCUAUCUAGUUUGUUUAUUUAUUUAUUCAUUCGUUUAAACAGGAAAAUCCACAAUUUCCUUACAGGAUUUCUUCAAAUUGAUAUCGUUUUUACACGCUAUUUAUAUUUAGACGAUAAAGUUUCGUUGUCAGAAUCUAUAUGAUUAUAAUGAUAAUAUCCGGAAAUGAAAAUAGCCUUCUGUAAAUAAUGGCUGGAGAACAGUGUACAGGGAAAGAGGGAAUGUGGGAAAGAGCGAAAGUGCAGUGAGACCCGCUCCAGAGACAUUUUAUCCGGAAGUGUGUCAGAUUCAUUCGGAAAACUCUGUUUAAUAACCGAGUAAAAGCCGGAAGUAUUUCCCAGCAUGCAGAGAGUUAAAAUACCCCCGACGGUGAAAGUGGACAUUAAUGUGCUGCUGGUUGCAGUCACAGCCUUUGGCCUCCUGACCAGAUUGUACGGCAUUCAGUUUCCCAGAGCUGUCGUCUUUGACGAGGUUUACUAUGGACAGUUUGUGUCUCUGUACAUGAAGAGGGUGUUUUUCAUUGAUGAGAGUGGACCACCUUUUGGACACAUGAUCCUGGCACUCGGAGGCUAUCUAGGGGGAUUCGAUGGCAAUUUUGUCUGGAACAGAAUCGGAGCCGAAUACUCCAGUAAUAUUCCUAUAUGGACCCUCCGAGUGAUACCUGCUUUGGCCGGGUCGUUUUCUGUGCCCCUCGCCUACCUCCUCACGGUGGAGCUGGGGUUUUCUCAUUUCUCUGCACUCGGAGCUUCCGUGCUGCUCAUUCUGGAGAACUCGUUGAUCGUGCAGUCUCGCUUCAUGCUCCUGGAGUCAGUGCUUAUCUUUUUCUUGCUGCUUGCUGUUGUGUCUUACCUGCGCUUCCACAAUGCACCAAACAGUUCUUUAAGCAGGUGGUUGUGGCUCGUCGUCUCUGGAGCCAGUUGUACGUUUGCAGUGGGAGUGAAGUAUAUGGGUCUGUUCACCUACUUGCUGCUACUCAGUCUGGCGGCGGUUCACACCUGGCGUGUCAUUGGAGAUAAAACAUUAAGCAAUGGGAAAGUGUUGCUGCAGGUGGUGGCUCGCUUCCUGUGCCUAGUGGUGCUCCCGGUUUUUCUGUAUUUGGGAUUUUUCUACAUACAUCUUUCUGUACUGCACCGCAGCGGGCCACAUGACCAGCUGAUGAGCAGCGCUUUUCAAGCCAGUCUAGAGGGUGGCCUGGCCAGGAUCACUCAGGGUCAGCCUCUGGAGGUGGCGUUCGGUUCCCAAGUGACUCUUCGCAGUGUUUCCAGCAAACCUGUUCCAUGCUGGCUUCAUUCUCACAAGGCCAACUAUCCAAUCAGAUAUGAAAAUGGGCGUGGCAGCUCGCACCAGCAGCAGGUGACGUGCUACCCUUUCAAAGACGUCAACAACUGGUGGAUUAUCAAAGAUCCAAGAAAGCAGAGCCUUGUGGUGAGCAGUCCACCCAGACCCGUCAGACAAGGCGACGUGAUACAGCUGCUGCACGGCAUGACCUCACGAUUCCUCAACACGCAUGAUGUUGCAGCUCCCAUGAGCCCUCACUCGCAGGAAGUGUCUGCCUACAUUGACUUCAAUGUGUCCAUGCCAGCCCAGAAUCUCUGGAGAGUGGACAUCACAAACCGUGAGUCUGACCGAGACGUGUGGAAGACUAUUCUGUCAGAGGUGCGGCUCAUCCACGUCAACACUUCUGCAGUGCUGAAGCUGAGUGGAGCGUCUCUUCCAGAGUGGGGGUUUAAUCAGCUGGAGGUGGUGGGUGAUAAGAUAUAUAAAGGCUACCAGCAGAGUGGUGUGUGGAACGUUGAAGAGCAUCGUUAUGGCAGAAGUCAGGAACAGCAGGAGAGAGAACUUGAGCUCAAGUCCCCUACUCAUGUUGACUUCAGCAGAAACCUCACGUUCAUGGCUAAGUUCAUGGAACUGCAGUGGAAGAUGCUGACUGUAAGAAAUGAAGAGUCAGAACACAAAUACAGCUCCUUACCCUUGGAAUGGAUCACCAUGGAUACCAACAUCGCAUACUGGCUUCAUCCAUCAAGUAAUGCCCAAAUCCACUUGAUAGGAAACAUAGUCACUUGGACGCUUGCAAACCUUGCACUUCUCGUUUACGCGGUCCUGUUUUUAACUUAUCUGCUGAGACGACGGCGGAAAAUAGAGGACAUCCCUGAAGCCUCUUGGGAGCAGCUGGUGCUGGCGGGUGUUGUGUGCUCUGGAGGAUGGGCUGUCAAUUACCUGCCCUUCUUUCUGAUGGAGAAAACACUGUUUCUGUACCACUAUCUCCCAGCUCUCACUUUCCAAAUUCUGCAGAUCCCUGUUGUUGUGGAGCACCUGUACACUCACACACUGAGAUCUCCUUGGCACCAGAAGGCAUUUGGUGGAGUAAUCCUGGCAGCUUUGUGCUCGGUGUAUAUUUGCUAUCGCACCUUCAGCCCUCUCACAUACGGCCAGCCUGAGCUCACCCCAGAGCAGCUGAACGCACUGCGAUGGAGAGACAGCUGGGAUAUACUCUUCCAUAAACGAUGAUCUCUGACGCUCUACUCUCUGAACAUUCAUGUUUUCCCAAGAACAUAUACCACAGAACUGAAACAAAGAGGACGUUCAGAGCCGUAGAACGAAAGAUGUUGAGUCCGAUCAUGAUUUUAUUAGAAUGUACUCAAGUUGCUUUAUAAGAAGGUACUUAGUCGAACACAACAUUGAGUCUAAAUGGUUUAUAAUAACACAAGAGCACUAUCCAAGGUCCUGGAAAUUAAUGUGCCUAGAAUAUUUGUAGGGCUUCAUCUCUAAGAGCUGCUGAAUCUGAACAUACUCUGUUCUAUUAAGUAUUAAAUAUUUUUGUAUAAAAUUUGUAUUAUCUACAGUAGUCUAGAUAGCAACUUUAUCACUGUGAAUUAACCAUGAUUAUAUAGCAAAAGAGAGCGUUACAGUUUCACUGUUUGUACUUGAGAUUGUCUCAGAACUUUCACUGCUGUAUCAAGCUUUCAUUCAUCUUUGCGCAACACUAAUCAACGAUACUUGAAAAUACACAAUGUUUUUUGUUUGUUUUUUACUUCCGCAAUAUUUUCAGAUUUUAUUUUUUAUCAAGUAACACUAUAUUAAAUUAAAUACACUAAAUUGUAUAUUUUUUUCCCCUCUCUCAGCACAAGUAAAAAAAAAGUGUAAACAAUUAAUGUAAGUUUUUAAUUGGGAAAUAAAGUUUCUUUUAAAUAAA